CAGUAAUCAGAUUAGACAGGAUUAUGUCUGUAGGCUUGAAGACAUCAGACGAGCAACUGAAGAGAUACACAGCAACCGGUAUAUUAUCAUCCACUGAAGAAGAUCAACACGAGGCUUUGUUCAGCUGCUGAACAUUUCAACCAGAUAUUUUAUCAAGGGACAGAAAACACUAUGGAAGCCAGUGGCUGCUUUUUUACUGAGACUGCUGAGCACCAUGUGAAACCCCUGUAAAAUGGCGACUUAUGUCCUGUGGUCAGCAGUAGUCUGGACUUUCAAGAGCCUGUUGUUCACAUGGAGGUUUUUCUGGGUCAGCCCAUAUUGUGCUUUAAAGUCUGCACCGCAGCAAAGACUUGACACUGACCAUAAACCCCAGCCAAAACUGACCACAGAGGUCAAGCGUCCCGCAGAGACAGAUGUGAUGAAGGACAAACCUGAAAACUGUGCUCAGCGCGAUCGCAAAAGCGGCCUGUUCAAGAGACUGCUGUCGGCUGAAGGAGAGAUCCGGGAACUGAAGAUAGAGAUUGCAAAUCAGAGAGCAUCGUGGGAUAUGCGGUUUGUGGAACUGCAAAGGAGACAACAUGAUCUGAGAGACCAGCUGACCUCAGAGAUUCUGGUUCGGACGGGAAUGCUGUACAGAGAUAAUGAUUCAGAAGAAACAAAUGAGGUCUUUACAGAGUCUGGCCUGGAAAACGGAGUUUAUACAGAUGAGUGUAUAAGUGGUCUCAGACAGACCCACCAGCAAAAGAGGCUUGAUAUGGAUCUGCUUGGAGACGGUGUUGAGCAAAAGAGUUUGUACGGAAGUCAAACCUCCUGCCAAUCCAGAGCCACUUCUGCCAUGUCUAACAUCAGUGUAAGGUCUUGGAGGAGUGGAGGUGGACCUCAUCGAGUGUUUGUGCCCCAUUCCCCCAUGGACCUGAAAACUGGACACAGAGUUCGGAUUAUGUUACCGUCUGGACGGAUCUGCACCGGGACCUUACGUUACCUUGGCAACAUGCACAACUCCCCUGACCACUAUCUCGGUGUAGAACUGGAGAUGGCUGAUAAUGGACAGCACGACGGCACUUAUGAAGGGCAGCGCUACUUUGACUGUGACCCGGGAUAUGGUGCGUUUGUACCCUUCAGUAAAUUGUUAAUGGCUUGGGAGUAAACACUAAGUGAAGACUCAACACACGUCACGGCGAAGUACAAUGCGAUCUUGGAUUAACAUCAUCUUGAUCCUGGAACAUCAUAUUUGUUGAAAAACGUAAUCCAUUCCUUUUUCCUACCCAUUCCACAAUCAUAACUGUGAGUUAUUCCCAAAUUCAGAAGAGAAUAAUAGUUGGAUAACAAUCAUGUAGAACCGUAAGCCUAAAUUUAACAUAAACAGUAAACAAAUCCCUUAAUUCUGAUUGGUUGAUUGGAAUCUUGUUCCAGGAUCAACGUAAAUGUUAAUCCAGGAACAUGUCCAGCGUGGUGAAAUCAGGUUAGGAAAGAUGAAGACUCAACAGCACUUUCACAACAGCUGUAAGAAUCACAACAACUGCUUCAAUUCUCACAGAACUGUACGACUGCAGUGGUGACGUAUUUUUGUGGGUCAAUCUACACUUUGGCUCCCUCAACGAAACACAAAUAUAAUUUUUUCUCAGGUGGGUUUAGGUUAAUUGAAGAAAAUAAAUUUGAAGGUUAUGUUUCUUACAACUUUUAAGCAUCAUGAUAAUCUUUAAAAAUGAACUUUGACUAAUACUGACGCAUAAUUACAGUAUAGUUGGCAGAGGGAAACAAUGCAAUGUCAACUCUGCUAGUCGAAUGAUAGCUUACAGAAACAAAUAGCAACAUAAUCAAACGUUCCCUAUGUCACAUUUUGACAUUAUUUUACUUUACAAUAAUGGAUUGUUUACACUCAAAAAUAAAGGCACGACUGCUGUCACUGGGGUGGAACAAUUUUAAAAGGUACACGCUUGUAACUAAAAGUCCUUAUUAAUACCGUAAGGGUACGUACUAGUACCUUAAAAGUUUAAAUGUGUACCUCUGGAAAAUUGUAGGUACUAAUAUACGCCUUGAUAGCAUGGCAGCUCAGGGAUUAGCACUGUCAUGUCACAGCAAGAAGGUCACUGGUCUGAGUCCUGGCUGGGUCAGUUGGCAUUUCUGUGUGGAGUUUGCAUGUUCUCCCCAUGUUGGCGUGGGUUUCCUUCCAGUGCUCCAGUUUCCCCCACAGUCCAAAUAUUGAAUAAGCUAAAUUAGCCAUAGUGUAUGGGUGUUUACUAGUACUGGAUUGGACAGACAUGUAUAAAACAUAUGCUAGAACAGUUGGUGGUUCAUUCCGCUGUGGCGACCCCUGAUAAAUAAGUGACUAAGCCGAAGGAAAAUGAAUGAAUAUA